AUGAGGGCCAUAUAUAAUGGCAAGCUCCCUCUAUGUGAAUGCAAAGAGCUUGUGCAAGGCAUCGUGUGUCAUCACUUCACCAUGAUCGCGCCCCGGCUCUUCUCUCUGCUUGGCCUAACGGCCCUGGCUACAGCGGCACCCGCUGCUGUGGACAGCAAUGCCAGCCCCGAGAAGCCCUUCUUCUACAAGGGACAUGACUUGAGCUCCCUCAAGAUGCUGGAAGAGUCUCAGAACAUCUUCGUCGACACGGCACGCGGCAACAUCGAGCGACCCGCCGACGACAUUCUGGCUGACGGCGGUAUGAACGGUGUCCGUCUGCGCCUCUGGGUCGAUCCUCCCGACGGAACCUACGGCCUCAACUACACGAUUGCGCUCGCGAAGCGCUUCCAGGACAAGGGACAACGCAUUUUCCUCGACUACCACUUCACCGAUUGGUGGGCGGACCCGCAGAAGCAGCCUAUUCCUGCCGCGUGGCCGACGGAGCUGGAGCCCCUGGCUGGUAGACUGAGGACGUACGUCCGCGAGACGCUCGUCGCUUUUAACGAAGCCGGCGUCAAGCUCGACCUCGUAUCCCUCGGAAAUGAGCUCCGUCACGGUCUGCUGUGGCCAAUUGGCUAUGUUGAUGUCGACGUUGAGCCAUGGUCGGAGCUUGUCGAGAGCUUUGCUGGUCUGGCUACGCUCUACAAGGCGGCUCGCGCUGGUGUCAAGGACGCAACGUGCGCCGGGGUGCCCAAGCCAGAGGUCAUGCUGCACAUUGACAACGGCUGGAACCUGACGCUGCAGGAGCGAUGGUACGGCGCGCUUGUUGAGAACGACGUGCCGCUGUCCGCGUGGGACGUGUUCGGCUACAGCUUCUACCCGUUCUACGGCACAUCCGCCACGUUCGAGAACCUCGAGACCACGCUCCGCGUCAUGGGCGAGAAGUACAACAAGCCGCAACAGGUCGUCGAAACCGACUACCCGGCCAUCUGCAACGGUCAAUGGAACCCGAUCCCGCCUUCUUCGGAGCCGAGCAUCCCUUACAGCGUCGAGGGCCAGAUUGAGUGGAUGGGCGAGGUUCUGAGAAUCGUCCGCGAGGUGCCCAACGGUCUCGGACAGGGCGUGUGGUACUGGGAGCCGGCCUGGCUCAACAACACGUCCCUGGGCAGCGCGUGUAACGAUGCCAUCCUUUUCGAGCCCGAUUACAGCGCGUGGCCGAAGACGGUGGGAUACUCGCGGCCGUCGGUGAAUGUGUACUUGUAA